AUGGGUUGUAUUUUUAGCACAAAUUCAACCAACAAUCGUGCAUCGGCGUCGUUGUCGGCGUCAUCUUCAUCAAUGUCAAAUUCGGAGCACAACCCAGAUCUAGACUCCUACCAAGAUGCUUGUCGAACGGAUCCGGAGCUUCAGUCCUUCGAUUCAACCCUCCAAGACCGAACCAGCAGAGUAAUUAACACCCUCGCCGAUGGCGUUGAGGUCCGUUCCCUUUCUCUUGACUCCCUCCGUGAAGUCACCGGAAGUUUACUCGAUAUGAAUCAAGAAGUAGUCAAAGUCAUACUUGAAUGCAAAAAGGACAUUUGGGACAAUGACCAAUUGUUUUCGUUGGUUGAAGAUUACUUCGAAAUGAGCAUACAAACCCUAGAUUUCUGCACAUCUCUUGAGAAUUGCCUGAAAAAUGCUCGAUCUACCUUAUCAUUUCUCCAAAUUGCAAUUAACCAGUACGAUUCAGAUACUAAUCACUUAAAUACCCUAGAGCAACUCAAAGAAUUCAAAGCAUUUGACAGUCCGUUUUCAGUAGAGUUCUUCGAAUUGUUUCAAACUGUUUACUAUAAGCAACUUACGAUGUUAAAGAAACUGCAAAUUCAAAAGGGUAAAGUGGAUAAGAAGUUGAAAUCAAUGAAGACAUGGAGGAGAUUGAGUAAUGUGAUAUUCGUGACCACCUUUAGCACAGUCCUGAUUUGCUCAGUAUUGGCGGCCGCCGUUGCUGCUCCACCAUUGGUAACAGCACUGGCGGCAGCUGCCGCCGUGCCAUUAGGAUCAAUGGGGAAGUGGGUUAACUCGUUAUGGAAAAAGUAUGAAAGGGAAUUCAAAGAUCAGAGGGAGAUGAUGAGUGCAAUGCAGAUCGGGAAUUACAUUGUGAUCAAAGAUUUGGAUAACAUCAAAGCUCUUGUUGACAAAAUGGGGACUGAAAUGGAAGGUAUGUUGCAGAAUGCGGAUUUUGCCAUGAGGGAAGAGGAUGAGGAUGCGGUGGGGAUGGUGGUGGAGGAGAUGAAGAACACUGUGAGUGUAUUUGCAAAAACAAUUGAGGAUUUGAGUGAGCAUUCGAGUAAGUGUAUAAGGGAAAUAAGGAGAGCUAGGACUGUGGUUUUGCAGAGGAUUAUCAAGCAUCCUAGUGACUCACUUUAG